GGGUUUCCAGGUUUCAGCCAGUGUUGGCCGUGUGGGUGGCAGGAUUAGCCGCAGCGACAGCUUCUGCCCUUUUGGCGGUCCUCGUCGGACUCGCCGUGCUGCAGCUCGCGAUGGCCUCCUCGGCGAAACGAGUUAUCAUCUCGUACAGCACCGCUCUGAUAGGGAAAGUGGCCCUCGCCACUCUGGCAACAUCCUUGGCGAUCGUAGCAGCCAGUCUAUUUGCCCUGCAAACCGACGACAGAGCCAGUAGCUUCGUCAUCACGAGGGGAGAGGCCUUUUACAUGCAGUUGGCCGCCAUCGCCUUGAACUUUGGCGUGCUGGUCACCGCGGUGUAUGAGGGUAUUUAUGCUCGACGAGGCGGUGACCCGACGAAGAUUAGGGUUGUCGGUGAUCCUCGUGCGGCCACCAUAAAUAAUCCUGGCUACCGAGAACAUCAACCCACGAAUGGUGGCAGCAUCUCAAUGACCGACGCCAGCGGCAAGCCCUACGUCGGCGGGGCCGGAAACGGCUCUAUGGCGUCCGUGGCGACUUCCGCAAGCGUGACGAGCACGGCUUCGCCUCUCCGCAGCUCGCUGAAGAAGCCGAAACCUCUCGGUAUCCACAAUCCCGGUUUCUCCACGCACAGCCCGACCCUCUCGAGGAACGGCUCGCAGAAGAAAGUGCGAAUUCAAACACACUCCACGGAAGUGUAG